AUGACCCGGCCGCAGGCUGGAAGCAGGGUGCUGUGGCUGGUGACGUGCAGCGGAGGUCUGCUGGCGGCAGUCUAUCUCAUCAGCUGCGUGUGGGUGCAGUACAACACGUCGCCCACCAUCACCAGCAUCGAAAGCACCCACUUCCCCAUAUGGAACAUCCCCUUCCCCGCUGUCACCAUCUGCAACGUGAACAAAGUGCACCUGUCCGCCGUGCGGAGCCUCUACAGCGACUAUGCGCUCAACUUGACGCUGAAGGAAGACGACUACCUGAGUUUCGUCCAACAGCUGGCCGAGAUAAUUCAGCCGGAGCAAGCCAGCACUUUCAUGGAGCUUGAAAAAGUUCUGCUCAAACAUAACCUCACCAUGGAGACUCUGAUGCUAAAGCUCACACAGCCGUGCUCCUCUCUGCUGGUGAAGUGCAAGUGGCGAGGACAACUGGUGCCCUGCGAUUCCCUCUACUCCAUGCACAAAACAGACGCGGGAUUCUGCUGCUCUUUCAACUACCACCCUCCAGACAAGACCGCGAGUCGCGACCCGCUGCUGCACGUGAACGGCGCCGGCUACCUGGCGGGCGUCACCAUGCUGAUGGACCCGCAGCUGGAGGACUACUACGCGGCGCUCUUCUCCUUCUACGGCCUGCAGGUGCUGGUGCACGCGCCCACCGACUACCCGGAGAUCUCCGCGCGGGGCAUCAUCCUCGCGCCGCAGAAGGAGGCUUUCCUGCAGGUUCCUCCGUCACACUGUACUCGUUCAUGCUAUGCACCCACGCUUCACUGCGGCGGUCUACUGGCACGACACACUCGCACUGCUCAUUAUCUGUGCCUCCCUCGUGUGUACGUCGCUGCCGCGCCACGAACCAAAAAAAAAAAAAGGUGCUUCAGCACAGUACUCAAUCACGUCAGCAUCACAAGCUUGAUCAGGAUAAUUAAUUUUAUUACGACGUUUCCACCAUUUUGGUCUCAGGCCGCCAUCACAGUCUACGAUCUUGACCGCUUUAGGUGCUUCAGCACAGUACUCAAUCAUCAAGAUUGCGGCCAUAACGAAAAGUGCAACGCUCUUGAAUCUAAUAUGGUGUCUGCGGCGGCGACGUACAGCACGCGCCGGGUGCGCGGCUUGGGGGUGUCCCAGAGGCAGUGCCUGUUCCAGGACGAGCGCCAGCUCAACAUGAGCUCCGAGAACACCAACAGCACGUACAGCUACAACAACUGUCUCAUCAAGUGUCGGCUGGAGCACAUGGCUCGCCUCUGCAACUGCACGCCGUACUUCUACCCCGACACUGGUACAACUCGCCAGUGUGGAUUGACAGAUGUGGAAUGUCUUGCGAAGCACAGACGGGUGUUCAUCAACCUGCACUCGCCGGGCAAGGUUCUCGGGCUGCAGGACAGUGACAGUUCUAUGAAGUGCGACUGCCACCCCACCUGUACCGAUGUCGUGUACACCACUGAACUGUCCCAGGGAAACUUCUUCAAGAGCGAAUAUGAUCGCACCCACUUCUUCAAAGAAGUGAAUAUCACAAACCAAUCAAUCCUCCAUGUAUACUUCAAAGAUCUAUCCAUUCUUCGAUUUAGGAGAGAUGUGAUUUACAGUUGGAAUGACCUGUUAGCUUCGUUUGGAGGCAUCGUCGGGUUGUGCCUGGGCUGCAGCCUGCUCAGCCUGGUGGAAAUGAUUUACUACUUCACGGUGCGGCCUACCUGCAGCGCACUUCAGCACAACAGCGCCAAUGCACUGCCAGUUACUACCAUCAAGGUAGCUCCAUUGACUCGCACGGUGCACCACUCCUUCAAGAGUAACUCUACCAUCAGUCCGCGCAACGUACCUCCGCCCUACAACUGGGUCUACUAGCUGGAUGGCACUGCAUUCACGGGCCACUGACACUGUGACCUCGCAAUGAACGUUUUUCCUGUCGAGGUGCGAUACUUGGUUGUACAAUUCUGUUAAUUUUAAAAUACUGAUGAAGCUAUGUAGUAUGUUUGCCAUAUUUAUGCAAUAUUGCUGGCUGCAGCAAUAUUUUGAGGCUUUACAAUUAGGCCUCAUCAAUGAUAAACAAAAUGUUUAAAUGUUAUACAAUGUGAAAAAAUGGGUGCGUGUACUUAUGUACGCAUGUGAGAAGUUAUACUUCUUUGGCAUCAUUAAAAAAAUAGUUUUUAAUUGCAUGCAAAUAAUUAAUUACAAUAAAAUAAUAAAAGGGCUGGAAAAAGAUAGUCAACACAGUCAAUAAAGUUCAGAUUAAAUUUGAAAAAUUAAAUAAAA